AUGCUGCCAACAGGACUCAUGUCAACCCGUGUCCAUGCCUCCGCUUCAUGCUGCAGAACCGUCGCUUCGUCACAACAGUUCACGUUCCUCCGCCACUUGUCUACAUCCCAGCCCUCGACAGCCCGCCUCCCAUACUUCCACAGGCAAUUGACUAAAAAGGACAAACUCCCCGAAGCCGGCACAACACCAAACUCACUCACCCCAUUAUUGACCCCUCCACCACCACCCCGACCUUCAACAACACCAAAAACAUCAGCUACCUCGGAUACAAUCCUCUCAAAACGCCAAACCUUCAAAUCCAUCACACCAUCUGCGCAAUUGAUGCACGACAUCCGAGUCCAGGGCCUUGGAUCCAAAGCAGAGAGCUGGUCCUUUGACAAGUCCAGCCGCGGCAACAAGACUAUCCGGCCGUGGGACAAGAAACUCCCUGAAGAGGAAUGGAAGCAACUACAAAAGGAGCGGCGCUUACCCGCCAAGCAGGUCUGGUUUGAGCAACGGACGUCUAAGGUGGUCGAGAAGGAGCAAGUCAAAUUCCCUGGCAUGCGGUUUGUCGCAGGAGCAGCGUCGAUGAAGAGUGUCCCCAAGGAGGAGCAGCUGUUGAAACUCGUCAGACCAGAUUACUUUCAGGAUCUAGCCGAGAUUGAGCAAUUGCUGACUGAAGCUGAGGAGGGAAAGGCCGGAGCAGGAUCGGCGGACGGAACGCCUCGGCUAAGCAUGAGCGCGGUUGAGAUCCAAAAUUUGCGGGACCGGAAACGCGCCAAGGAGCAUGAGAUUAAGGACUCGACAUUACCGGAGAUCGCAAUUGUCGGACGAUCCAAUGUUGGCAAGUCGACAAUGCUCAACACCCUCACGGAGUCGCCCAACACUGCUCGCGUCAGCUCCAAGCCAGGAUUGACUCGUCAACUCAACUUUUACCGAUGCGGAGAUAAAUUUGCCGUUGUCGACAUGCCUGGAUACGGAUUCGCCUUUGCCAAAGAGGAAGACAAGGUUGCCUGGAAGGAAUUGGUAUGUUCAGCUUUUUGUUCAUCGAUCAGUCAGUUUGGAUUUUGGGAUCGCGUCAACAAGAAGAGUUUACUUAUCAUUAUUUUUUUCGCUCACCGCCUGGUACAGAUCGAAGACUACCUGGGAACGCGCAAGUCAUUAAGGAGAAUCUACGUGAUGAUCGACGCUCGUCAUGGACUCAAGGUCGCCGAUAAGGAGUUCCUCACCAUGAUGGGUGCUACUUGCUCGAAAAAGUUCCAGGUCGUUCUCACCAAAUGCGACCUCGUCUCCCCACCUGACCUCGCCCGUACAUACAUGGUUGUUCAGGAAGAACUGAAAAAGUCGUUCAAGAAUGCAAUGACGGACAGGAUUCUUAUGGUCAGCUCGUACACCGGCGCAGGAAUGAACACCCUCCGCAAAGAUAUGCUCUCUGCAUGCAAACAAGAUAUCUUGGUUCGCGAGCGUGAGCGACCCAAGAGUACCUUACGGUAG